UUGGUGGAAGAAUUCUGUACAAAGAAAUCAUGGAUUCAACCAAAGCUUUUGAUGCUAGGUACUGUAUUGGGAAAGGAGGAUACAGUAGCGUUUAUAAGGCCAUGCUGCCAUCAGGUAGCAUAGUAGCUAUUAAAAAACUCCACCCGUUACCAAAUGUUGAAAUAACACAUCAAAAGGAGUUUUUGAAUUAGGUCAAGACUUUAACGGAGAUACGACACCGAAACAUUGUGAAGUUGUACGGCUUUUGUUCAAACAAGCAACACUCUUUUUUAGUUUAUGAGUAUCUUGAAAGGGGUAGUUUGGCCACAAUCUUGAGCAAAGAAGAAACCGCUAAAGAAUUGAAUUGGUUCAAGAGGGUGAAUAUCGUCAGGGAUGUGGCUCAUGCGCUGUCUUACAUGCAUCAUAAUUGCUCUAUUCCGAUUGUUCAUCGAGACAUAUCAAGCAACAACAUUUUGCUUGACGAGGAAUAUGUGGCUCAUGUUUCAGAUUUUGGCACUGCUAAGCUGUUGAAGAGAGACUCAUCCAAUUGGACCGAACUUGCUGGCACAUAUGGAUACAUUGCACCAGAGCUCGCUUAUACAAUGGAAGUUACAGAAAAAUGUGAUGUGUAUAGUUUUGGAGUGAUAGCAAUGGAAGUGAUUAAAGGAAAGCAUCCAGGCGAUAUAAUCUCUGCUCUAUUGUCCCAUUUAACAAGUGAGAGCAUGCUGGUGAAAGAUAUUCUGGACCAACGACUUCCACUUCCUCCUCCUGAAGUUGAGGAACAAGUGAUGACCAUUGUAAAGCUAGCAACUGCUUGCUUACAUGUCAAUCCACGAUCUAGGCCAUCCAUGCGCAUGAUUUCCCAGACGUUAGAUCAGUUCUAGAGCCCUUUACACUAUUAAAUCCGGAUAAAUAAAUUGUAUUGUAAAAGGUUAGGAUCAAGUAGAGGAAAUGUGAGGUAAAAGCAACUGCUUCCACACAGUAAGUGUUGCCUAAUUUGUAAGGUAUUUAUAUAUUUCUUCAAGUAAUAAAUGCUUACAAAUAAA